AUGUUGGCUGGCAAAGGUAUUCGUGCCGUUGCGGUGAUGUGGGCGAUGACUUUUAUCUCUUUCAUUCUGGUCCCUCUCCGACUCUAUACACGAGUAUACAUUAUCGAAGCACUCGGAGUAGAUGACCAUGUGUUCAACUUGGCUUGGGUGUUUCUGCUCCUAUACACUAUCUUUAUCACAAUCGCAGGCGUGCACGGAUUCGGACAGCCCAUAUCCACCUUGCCUAUAGACUCGGCUGUUCAAGCUGUCUACAACGAAAUGAUUGGACAGACCUUUGCAGUGAUAGGAAUGGCUAUUGCGAAGCUUUCGCUGGGUCUUUUUUUGCUACGCAUUGUGGUUAAGCAAUGGCAUCGCCUCUCCAUUUGGGUCUCAAUGGUCAGUCUGUCGAUUGUGUCCGUGAUGACAGCAAUUAUUUUCUGGACCCAGCGUGUGCCGUCCAAAUCCAUAUACGACCCUCGCGUCCCAGGGCGUAGCAUUAUCAAUGUCACGCCAUUCUCUAUCUUGCUUGGGUCAUGGUGUGCUGCUGUGGACUUCUAUUUUGCCCUUCUUCCGUGGAUUUUCAUUUGGAAUCUUAAUAUGAAGUUCAAAGAGAAGAUGUCUAUUGCAAUCAGCUUGAGUUUGGGUUUUAUAGCUUGUGUAUGCGGAAUAAUAAGAACUAUCGAUCUGGGUGGCUUGUCCAGCACCAACUACACAGAGGAUACCGUCGACCUGGUCAUCUGGUCGGGCGUCGAAAUGGCCGUCACCUUGAUCUGCGUUGGCAUUCCCACUGUCCGCCCCCUCUACCGCGUUAUCGUCCAUGGUUCGAGUGUGAAGAGCUCAGACAGCAGAUAUAUCAAACAAGAUGACUCUUCUCAUUCGUCCCGCUUUCGCAUGCAGAACCCGACGAAGAGAUCUACAAUGUUUAGUGUCGCGCAGGAGAGUAUCACUGAGGCAUACAUUGCUCGCAAUAACCAGAGUGAUGAGGAAAUUCUUAUGGGUCAGUAUGGGAACAACAUUGGCGGCAUCCGUGUUCGUGAAGAGGGUUAA